GUGACUCGGAGUUCAGAGCUUUCAUCACCGGGACCGCUACUCUCGACUAAGAUAAACACGACACGAUUGAUCAACUGAACAUGUAUCUUCCUCAAAACAAGUCCAAAACACCAUGGAUCUAAACGCAGUAACCGCCUCCGAAUGAAUUACUGCUUCAAUAAUCUCUGUCCGAUCCGAGAAAACAUUCCCACCGUCUCUCCCCCUUUCUCCGGAACCUGUCUGUCUCGUGUCAAGGCACCAAGAGAGGCAUUAACUUCCACCUCACAAACACGCACAGUGGACGCUUCUUGGGUCUGCGAGCUCUGCAGAUUCCGGAGCAUGUGUUUGCUUACCGAGAAGAAGAGAGAUAGGCGACAAUAAAAUAAGGAAUAUUUUUUUGCUUAGUCACGUUCUUUUCACCGAACCCAAGUCCAGUCCUUGGAUUUCAAUGGAGUUCUUUAAUGCCAUAGCUUGCUUUGCUCCCACUGUACGCGCGCCUCUCAGCUAAUCUGACAUCGUCCCCCUCCCCCUCCCCCUCCCCCUUUGUUCUUGCUCCAAGCAACUCAAAUUUCUGAACUCGGGGAGGAUUUAUCCCUUUGCUGGGGCUUCUUGACUUGGCUGAAGACUGAAGAGCUCGGAUGCAGAGCGAAAUAUGAGAUGGGGGUGACGAUGCUAGUGAUUCUUCAGCUGGGUGUGGCUUUCCUACUUUGUUCUGCUCUGGGUGCUGGAGGAUCUACAGAAAGCUUCCCACCAAUAUCUCCUGUGGACGGAGCAGCAUCGAGUCCCAUAAGCCAAGGAACGCCAUUGAUAAGCAGUGCGCCGAGCCCAGUCCCUGCAUGGAAAGGAUCAACAAUUCCCCCUUCGCUCACAUCACCACCUCUUGCAUCUUCUCCAAGUUCAUCAAGAGGCAUUGCGCCAUCUUUUGCUCCAGAAACUCCGAUGGAAACACCGCCACCAAGUAGCUCGGCUUCCCCACCCACAACUAUCAGGCGGAGCUCCUCUUCCCCUCCACCCAAUGCCUCUCCUAUUAAGGCACCGAUUAUAGGGACACCAAUAGCGGCACUUGCUCCCACUCCCGCUUCCACACCGUCAGUAAUUCCGCCUCGACAUUCUACCCGUCCUGCAAGCAGCCCAAGCAAGCCAGCUCCCACUUCGACACCUUCAAUCAUUCCACCACGACAUUCUUCCGGUCCUCUAAGCAGCCCAAGCAAGACAGCUCCCACUUCGACACCUUCAUUAAUUCCACCUUCACAUUCUCCCCGUCCUCUAAACAGCCCAAGCAAGCCAGCUCCCAUUUCGACACCUUCAAUAAUUCCGCCUCCAAAUUCUCCCAGUCCUGUAAGCAGCCCAAGCAAGCCAGCUCCCACUUCGACACCUUUAAUAAUUCCGCCUCCACAUUCUCUCAAUCCUGUAAGCAGCCCAAGUAUGCCAGGAUCAUCACCACCAAGUUUGGGACAUAGUGCUCCUGUGGAGGAGCCAAUAGCCCCAGUUGGAUCUCCAAGAAGUAUAGUGGCACGCAAUUCCUCAGCCGUCCCUCCACUACCACCUGAAGUACCUUCGCCGAGAAAGAAAGACUACCAUGUUUCCCCUGCUAAAGCUCCCCUUCAUAAAAGGAACAUGAAGCCUGUUGCUGCACCUCCUACUAGGCCUCCCAAUUCAUUACCACCUGCAAAUCAUUCUCCAGCUCCUUCCACGCAGAACCCAAAUGAGCGUUCUAUCAACCCGCCUCCUCCAUCUCUUUCACCUCUUCCUUCUCAUGAAGUAUAUUCCCCUGCAACUUCACCAUCAGCCUCAAGGCAUCAUCAUCCAAUGAACGAACUGGUUAGCCCCGUUCCAGCCCCAGCUUAUGUGGUUCCUUCUCCAACUUCACAAUGGCAAGGUCCCACCAAUCCUCCUUUUACGACUCCAACAAGCAUGCAGAGAAACAAUGCUCCUCCACCAUUCAAUCCAGGAUCUUUGAUUCUUCCUCCUCGUUCUGCGACUCCUGGACCUAUUAAUAAUGUUUCACCGGCACCUUCAUCAUCUCCAAAUACGGCACCUGCACACCCGAAAACUCCUUCCCCCAAGGUCACUCCUUCUGGGACUUCCCCAAUCAGCCCCAAGAUACCAUUCAUACCCAAGAUGCCUGCAUUUCCUCCUCCACCUCCUAAUGAAGAUUGCUUGGGAACAGUAUGCACGGAACCUUACACAAAUACACCUCCUGGGUCACCUUGUGGCUGUGUUUGGCCAAUGCAAGUCGGGCUCCGCCUGACCGUUGACCUCUACACCUUCUUCCCCAUGGUUUUAGAGUUUGCUGCAGAAAUUGCUUCUGGUGUGUUUAUGAAGCAGAGCCAAGUGCGCAUAAUGGGAGCAAAUGCUGCCACCGAGCAACCAGACAAAACUGUUGUCCUUAUUGACUUGGUUCCCUUGGAGCAGAAGUUCGACAACAACACCGCCUUCUUAACCGAUCAGAGAUUUUGGAAUAAACAAGUUGCUAUCAAUGCUUCUUAUUUUGGCGACUAUGAAGUAUUAUAUGUACGCUAUCCAGGCUUACCUCCAUCUCCGCCUUUGCCCUCGGACGCCACAAUAAUCGAUGAUGGGCCCUAUUCGGCUGAUAACAAUGCUAGGACGAAUAAGCCUCUUGGGGUUGAAUUGCCGAGGAGACAGCACAGACAUGGAUUAAGUGGUGGUGUAGUGGCUAUUAUUAUAUUGUCUGCAAUUGUUGCGGUUGUUUCGUGCUCUGCUGUGGUUUGGAUUCUGUUGUUGAAGCGCAGAGAGCAUAGCAGUCAACAAGAACCAGCACCACAGGCCCUCAUACCAGCUGGUGCAAAAUCAUCAGGUAUAGGAGGAUCUACACAUGGAAGUGGGCCCAGUUCUGCCUCAUUAUCGUUUGGGUCCAGCAUUGCAACUUAUACAGGAUCUGCAAAAACUUUCACUGCAAGUGACAUAGAGAAAGCUACCGAUAAUUUCAAUGAUUCAAGAGUGCUUGGGGAAGGUGGCUUCGGACGUGUUUACAGUGGAACCCUGGAUGAUGGCACAAGAGUCGCAGUCAAGAUUCUGAAGAGAGAUGAUCAGCAGGGUGGUCGGGAAUUUCUAGCUGAAGUUGAGAUGCUCAGUCGCCUUCACCAUAGGAAUCUAGUAAAGCUGAUUGGAAUAUGUACGGAAGAACAUGCACGGUGCUUGGUUUAUGAGCUCAUUCCAAAUGGAAGUCUCGAGUCUCACUUACAUGGAGUUGAUAAAGAAGCAGCCCCACUCGACUGGACUACACGAAUGAAAAUAGCACUGGGUGCUGCUCGUGGUCUGGCCUACUUGCAUGAGGACUCAAGCCCCCGUGUGAUUCAUAGGGACUUCAAGUCGAGCAACAUUUUGUUGGAGCAUGAUUUUACUCCGAAAGUCGCAGAUUUUGGUCUUGCUAGAACUGCAUUAGAUGAGGAAAGUCGUCACAUUUCCACGCGCGUCAUGGGAACCUUCGGGUAUGUAGCCCCGGAGUAUGCAAUGACAGGGCAUCUUCUUGUGAAGAGUGAUGUGUACAGCUAUGGAGUGGUCCUCCUCGAGCUCCUGACCGGGAAAAAGCCGGUGGACAUGUCUCAACCGCUUGGUCAGGAGAAUCUCGUAACGUGGGCCCGCCCCUUAUUGACCAGCAAGGAGGGUCUGGAGAUAUUGAUUGACCCAUCCCUGGGGCCCGACGUCCCAUUCGACAGUUUAAGCAAAGUAGCAGCGAUUGCCUCAAUGUGUGUGCAACCAGAGGUGUCGCACCGGCCCUUCAUGGGUGAGGUCGUUCAAGCCCUGAAGCUAGUCUGCUCUGAGUGUGAUGAAGCCAGGGAAGGUGCUGGGUCGAGGAACUUGAGCCAGGAAGAUCUGUCAAUCGAUUUGGAGGAGGCUGAGGGAAGCAGCCCGGGCCAGAGCACUCUCCAUGGCCGGCACUCUGACCCAAACUAUAGUUCUAGGCACGACGUGGAGAGGGGCCUCUCGAUAUCAGAGCUGUUCGGUACAUCGAGGUGGUAUGGGAGGCAAGUCUCAGGGUCCUACAGGAGGCACUCAACUUCGGGCCCUCUGAGGAUGGGAAGGGGCAGGAAUUUCUGGCAGAGGAUCAGGAGGUUGUAUGGAGGAAGCGUGAGUGAACAUGGGAUUAUUUCUUGACUUUGGUCGGGUUCGCACUGACCAGAGUAAGAGGAUCAAACGAUCAGUGUUCGUUCUACUUUUUUUUAAGACCUUUGAUUCUUAACGCACGACGGCAUCAUAGCGUAGCCCUUCGUGCCUCGGAGCGUGGGAUGAGGGUCCUAGGUAAAUGAAUUCGGUACGAUGUAAAUGCAAUUUGAGGUGUAAUUAGAAAAUAAAGUUAGGCGCAUGGGGAACGAGUCUCAGAGUGGUUUGUUUUCUCCACGCUCUUACUGUAAAUGCGCAUAGCUUAAUGAAGAUUGGAUAUCGAGUAUGCCGUGUACCGGACUCGGGUAGUUUCGUUUUGAAUUCUGGUUUCAUAUUUUGGGGUUGAAGAACACUUGGAGGGAAGGAGGGUUGGGGGAACAAGCUCCAAGUCAUGCUGUUGCAUUGUACAGAUUUUACAGGUGAAUAAGGAAUGAAUUAAAGUCUUCUCAAAA